AUGCGCUCAUGGCUUGCGUCACUGAGACGACCAUUAACGAGAACCUGUUACUUCCGAAAAGGUCACAUUCGUCCUUACGGCUCCAAGGGUGAACACAAAGAAGUCAUUUUUAGUGGUAUCCAGCCUACAGGGCUUGGAAAUUAUUUUGGAGCACUUUCACAAUGGGUCGAGAUGCAACAUAUGGGAACUAAGCCACGUCAACUUCUAUACUCAAUCGUAGGGUUGCACGCUCUCACAAUGCCACAAAACCCAAAGAAGCUCCUUGAAGACAGGCUAAAUACGUUGGCGAGUCUCCUUGCCAUUGGUUCCACAACAUUCAGAAUUAGCGUGGCUCCUGAACUGUCAUACCAUGAUGGGAAGAUUGAAACGGAUGACCACUUGGAAGGUUCGACAUCCUCAAUAGUAUCUUUCGCCCAAAUAACCCGAGGCAUUCAGAGCAAGUUAGCUAUCCAACAAGAUAUCUCGAACUUUGACGUGGAUGACAGUAAUUUAAAUCUGGGUUUGUUCACGUAUCCAGUGUUACAAGCAGCGGAUGUUCUUCUUUAUCGUACUACUCAUGUUCCUGUCGGCGAAGACCAACGCCAACAUUUGGAGUUAGCUCGUGAGCUGGCGCACAAAAUGAAUCGUCUGUUGAAGCAUGAAUUUUUCCCACUUCCUAUUGCAAUAAUUAGCAAGUCCCAUUCACUUUUACUGAAGCGAUUCUCUGGCCUUGAUUACAACUUGGAGUCGACUGAAUCCCCUGACUUGUCACCAAAAACAUAA